GAAGGUGCUGGGACAUGGGGACGAGAGAGUGGCUGUGGUGGCGAGUAAUUGUGUAACUCGCUCCUCAUGCUGCACAUUCGUCAUCUGCUUCCUCGUCGUCGUCGUCGUCAUUGUUGCGGCAUUCCAGUCACCGGAAGUUGGCAGCAACCACCGAUACAUGCGGAACAAUCAACUGAGGGAUUGAAAUUCCACGGUCUUUUUCUCGCCUUCUCUUUCGUGAAGGCAAAUAACUCGGUCGCCAAUCUAUGGCAACCACCGCAGCGCGCCCCUCUGUCCCGCCUCUCAUAUAUAACCACUCGCUCUUCGAUUAGCGUUUCAUGAUGUAGACUCUGUGCGGGCUGCGAUACUCCCUCCGAACGCGUGUGGAUUCUGCAGAGCAUUGUAGUUUCAUUACGUUUCUUGCUUCUCACCUCACGUGCUUCGGGGCUAGUUCUCUUUCCAGACUCUCUCCUACAAGCCGCUGUGUGCCAUUCGCUGGCCGGAAGUAGUUCCGAAGUGACUUUGGAAGACGGUGGAGGUUUGUAUUGGUGUUUGUUGACUUCGGCCUUUGUUGUGGGGCACAGUUCUUUCUAUCAACCCAGCUAUCUUUCUUUCCUUCUUUUUUUGCUUUUUCCUAGUUUUCUUCUCUUUCAAAGUUUCUGUUCGAGUGGAAUUUGGUCAGGCGCGAAGCUCUGCAAGGUGCUGUGCGUUCGUAUUGGAUACUACGUUCAUUUUGCUCACAUCUGAAGAAUUCGUCUUUCGGAAGUAUCUGGAGCUAAGUUUGAGGAUUAUAUUCGAAUCGCCGUAAUUUAUCACAUAGAUACGGUUCAUUUUAUUGAGCCUUUCUGUUUUGUUUUCGGGUCAGCGGCGACAUAGAAGAUAAAAAGGUGAAACAGCCAAAGUUUGCUGCGGUGUGCGUCAUUCUGGUAGCUGCACUAGGGUUCGUUCCUUUGAGUUUGUGCGGAAGAAACGCUGAGGCGAUCGUGAAGUCUUGUACUCCUGUAGUCUGAGAAGUGUUGUAGAUCUUCUGUUGUUGAGGGCAAUCCACAACGCAUAAAGCACGCCAGGCUUCGGUGGAGAACUGUUUAGGAUUUGGUAUAAGUUCUACAAAGCCUCGGGGCGAUUGAAUUGGCACCAGCAAGAUGGCGGACGCUGUGGCGUGCAAAACUAUGUCGGCUACAUCCAAUGGAGUGUGGCAGGGAGAUGUGCCCGUUCAUUUUGCUCUUCCUCUGCUCAUCGUUCAAAUUGUCCUCGUUUUGGCAAUCACUCGGGCGUUAGCUUUUGUCCUGAAGCCUUUGAAACAGCCCCGCGUCGUCGCCGAGAUUAUAGGCGGAAUAUUGCUUGGUCCAUCUGCUUUUGGACGCAAUAAGGACUACCUGCAUACGAUUUUUCCACAUGAAAGUGUUAUCAUUCUGGAGGUCUUUGCAGACAUGGGACUUUUAUUCUUUUUGUUCAUGGUGGGGUUAGAGCUCGAUAUGACCCAGAUUCGGAAAACCGGAAAGCAAGCUAUGUCCAUUGCUGCAGCUGGAAUCACUCUGCCUUUCGUUGCAGGUGUCGGUGUUUCCUUCGUCCUGCAUCUUACAAUUGCACCAGAGGGAGCUUUUGGUCCGUUUCUCGUGUUCAUGGGAGUUGCUAUGUCCAUCACUGCUUUCCCUGUUCUGGCACGUAUUUUGGCGGAGAGGAAGCUUUUGACUACCGAAGUAGGGCAAUUGGCGAUGUCAGCAGCUGCAGUUAAUGACGUGGUUGCUUGGGUUCUUUUAGCGUUGGCGGUCGCUUUGUCGGGCUCCGGAAGGAGCCCAGCAAUUGUUGCAUGGGUUCUGUUGUGUGGAAUCGCAUUUUGUCUGGCCAUCUUCCUUGUGGUUCAACCAUGCAUGCAAUGGGUUGCUCAUCGAUCGCCCGACAAUGAGCCUGUCAAAGAAUACAUUGUAGCAUUGACUUUACUUUGUGUUCUCGUUGCUGGAUUCUGUACUGAUGCGAUAGGAGUUCAUUCCAUUUUUGGCGCGUUUCUGUUUGGACUUGUUAUACCUAAAGAGGGUCCUUUCGCAGCGGCUUUGGUUGAGAAAUUAGAAGAUUUUGUAUCUAUCCUCUUGCUGCCUCUCUACUUUGCAUCGAGUGGACUGAAGACCAACAUUGGAGCUAUUCACAGCGCGCAAUCUUUUGGCCUUUUGGUCUUGGUUAUCAGCGUUGCUUGUCUGGGUAAAAUUCUCGGAACCUUUGCAGCUGCUAAGGCAUGCAGGGUGGAUGCCCGCAAAGCUUUAACUCUCGGCAUCCUGAUGAAUACCAAAGGAUUGGUGGAGCUUAUUGUUCUGAACAUCGGUUUAGAUCGUGGAGUUCUGAAUUCGGAGACUUUUGCAAUCAUGGUGCUGAUGGCUCUCUUCACAACGUUCAUGACAACACCUCUGGUAAUGGCUAUAUAUAAACCAGCCAGGAAUCCCACUCCUUACACUCGUAGGACUUUGGAAAUGGAGGACUCGAAGGAUGACUUGCGAAUAUUGUCAUGCGUGCACGGAAUGAAGAACGUGGCUGCCAUGAUCAAUCUUACAGAAGCGACCAGGGGCAUGCGCAAACGUACUCUGCGCCUGUAUAUUUUGCAUUUGAUGGAACUAUCCGAACGUACUUCUGCCAUUAUGAUUGUCCAGCGGGCACGUCGGAAUGGGCGCCCUUUUUUCAAUCAGAGCAAACAUUCGGACAACAAAGAUCAAAUUGUUGCGGCCUUCGAGACAUAUGAACAACUAAGCAAGGUGACUGUGAGGCCUAUGACUGCAAUUUCCGGGUUCGACGACAUGCACGAAGACAUAUGUGCGACUGCUGCUGACAAGCGGACUGCCUUGAUCAUGCUUCCUUUCCACAAAUCACCCAGACUGGACGGGCACUUCGAUUCUACUCCAGGUUUCCGAACAGUUAAUCAGAAGGUCCUCAAGCAUGCACCGUGCUCUGUUGCUAUUCUAAUCGAUCGUGGAGUCGGUGGAUCAGCCCAAGUGCCUUCCAGCAACGUUGAUCACAAUGUUGUCGUGUACUUCUUUGGUGGUCCUGACGACAGGGAAGCUCUGGCAUAUGGUUUCCGUAUGGCUGAGCAUCCGGGAGUUAAGCUUCAUGUUAUCCGUUUCCUUUCUCACAGCGUCGUCAUGGACGACGGCCAUGGAGGAUUAGCUUCCGUCGGAUCAGAGGUAUCUGAGAUUGGCAAGACGGAGGUGAGCGAUACUCGUUUCCAGUUCGCGAUGCAUGGUCUGGACCAAAACAGGCAAAGGGAGUUGGAUGAAGAAGCCUUGGGCCAUGUGCGUAGGAGGCAAGCUUCUGAAGAUGGAAGAGUCACAUACGUAGAAAUGCAGGUAUCUGAGCCUCUUGAAGAGGUGGUGAGAUUGAGUAGCUCUCGUGAACACGAUAUUAUUUUGGUUGGCCGAUCGAGAAGGCCAACGCCAUUUUUAGAGCGAUUCCGUCGUAAGCACGCAGAAUAUGCAGAGCUUGGCCCUAUUGGAGAUGCUCUGAUGGCCCCACAGGUACGAGCAUCUGUCUUAGUAUUUCAGCAGCACGAUCAUGUGCUUGCCGAUCCACUUCCUAAUACCUCUGAAACGGAGGCCGUCAAAGAGUUGCAGACCUUCCCAUCAUCCAAGGAAUUGGUGGAUCGUAAAGGUGAUGUACAGAAGAUCGACUUGUCUUCUCCUGACCACCGCGUGUGAUAUGACCUGCGAAGGUCUUGGCUGGCUAAACCCCUAACGCUGGAGACGCCAUGCCAUGUUACAAAUUGUACCAUGUAUCGCUUAUUGCUUGGACAAGCCUCUUUGUAAAGAAGGAUAAUAUAUUCUGCUUGAAAUUCUUGGUUUAAAAA